UUGUAAAAAAAAUAUUAGGUACCCAAAAUAAUUAAACAUUAAUAAUUGUUAUAACAUUUGGUUUAGAAAAAAAGCGUUGUAAUACCGUAAGGAUAAAAAUAAGGCUUACUUUUGUGGCUAGUUAACAAAUCUAUGUAAAGUGACUUUAACUUAAAAACGGUACCUAAUAAAGUAUAAACUUAUUUUAAAAUAUCAAGUGUUUGUAAACUUUUGUCUAAACUCAAACUUUACACAAUGAAUGAAGACAACUUUACAAUGAAUGAAGACACGAUAGGGAAAAUAUGUAUUCCCGGAAUGCGGCUAACUAAAGCAAAGAAAGAGUACAUUAGUGGUCAAGGCACAUACGAACUAAAAGGUUAUAUUUAUGCUGCAUUGGCGGGAAUUCUGAAAAUGGAAGAAGACAGCGACACAAAAGCAACAAAACUCUCUGUAGAAAGUCUAGUAACUCCCAGUGUUCUACCAAAGACUGGCGACAUUGUAACGGCUAAGGUGACUGUAGUCAACUCAAGGCAGGUACAGUGCGCCAUACUGUGUGUAGGACCAACAGUAUUGGCUCGGCCUUAUAGAGGGAUGCUCAAGAAAGAAGAUAUAAAGUGUACUGACAAAGAUAGGAUUGAUCCAUACAAGUGUUUCCGACCUGGUGACGUAAUAUUGGCCAGGGUACUACCAAUGACAGAACUUCAUUGGUACCACCUGUCCACAGCAGAGAACGAACUAGGGGUAGCCAUAGCAACCGCUGAAGGCUCCCCACAAGGUGUGAGCAUGCUUCCCAUCAGUUGGUCUGAAAUGCAGUGCCCCAAAACCCUAGUAAAGGAACCAAGGAAAGUGGCUAGGAUCAUACCAGAAAAUAUAAAUGACACCAUGUUUCCCACUAACACAGAUGAACCAAAAGAACCUAAUUCUAAAUAAAUAAAUUAUCUAUGAAAAUUGAA